AUGUCUUCCUCUGGAUCCACCAUCCGCCCACUCCCCUCUGAUGUGGCCGCCAAGAUCAAAUCGUCUACGUCGAUCACACACUUGACUGGCGUGAUUGUCGAACUUGUCAAAAACUCUUUGGAUGCCAAUUCCCAUACUGUUUUUGUCACGGUUGACUUCGCACGUGGGAGCUGUGUAGUCGAAGACGAUGGCCAUGGGAUCGCACCCGCCGAGUUCCAGUCGCAUGGAGGACUUGGAAAGGCACAUCAUACUUCUAAAUUCCAAGUGACAAGUGCAUAUGGCCACCGGGGUCUAUAUCUGGCUUCCCUGGCCUCUCUUUCAUUGCUCACCGUGACAUCCCAUCACCGUCACCACCAAAGCACCAAUUCCAUCAUUUUUCAUCACUCGACGCCUGUAGCUAGAUUGGUACCUGCUCCGGUACACCAGGAGCUUCGAUUUCGGGACCAUGGCACCUGCGUUACUGUCAAUAACCUCUUUGGCAAUAUGCCAGUGCGUGUCAAAAGUCGAGCACUGGCUCUUCAGAGACCGGAUGAACUAGAACGCGAAUGGGACACGUUAAAAUACUCAUUGGUUGCCCUGAUGCUGCCCAACCCCCAAUUCUCGAAACUAGUUCUUUCCGAUGCAGCCAAGACCAAAAAGGUCACUGUUCGCCUUGAUGGGUCGGUUUCCCAAAAUCAAGCUGGUCUGCAAAGUGAGCUCAAUCUCCGCCGGAUUGGGUCAAUUCUAGUGCAAUCUGGGAUGGUUGCUGCCAGAGGUUUAGACUCAUGGCAUGUAAUGUCGGCCUCUAUUCCCGAUCUGAUGGUUUGUGCUGCAAUAUCCGUCGCCCCAAGCCAGACCAAGCAGGCCCAGUUUAUCUCGUUGGGCACAGAUCCAAUUCUCUCCCGGAACCAAUCCAAUGUAUUAUACAACGAAGUCAAUCGUUUGUUUGCCCUGUCGGACUUUGGUACCAUGGGGGCAAUGCCUGAGGAAACAUCUGCGGCAUCCCAGGCGUCCCUAGAUCGGUCUGAAUCUAUGACUGUCACAAGUGCCAGGGGAUGGGCACGCCCUCUCAACAAGUGGCCAAUGUUCUUCAUCCGUAUCAACUCGAGUGCAGCCCGAAAGUUGCAUAAUGAUGGUCAUGAAGCACUGCCAGAGUCUGACCAGUCGCUUCAGCGCAUUCUUGAUGUGCUUGAGGCGAUGAUUCAAGAGUUUUUGAACCAGCAUAACUUGCGGCCGCGUGCCACAAAGCGAUCAGGAAGGAUGCCGGACCGGACUCGGCACGCCAGUGGCAGGGGGCAGGAAGCUGCCGGUCAGCCCGUGGGCACUGUUAAGCAAAACUUUCCAACUGCAAGCACGGAGGAGGCUUUCAGCAGUCGUUUGAAACUCCCAUCUUUUCAAAAAGCUCAAUCCACUCUUUCUGGCCCCAGUUUCAACAGCUGGUCUAGAGUCAAAGCAGCAAAAGAUCCUAACUCCCAAUCCCCACGCCAAGUUCAAGCUGAAUCUGGUGGCAUGCCUGGAAGAAAUGCCAGAGAUCAUACACGGAAUCCUCAUCCUGAUCAUCAAGAAAGGCUCAAUGGCCAAGGACAGGAGAUUGAAGGCCAAACAAUACAGUCCAAUGUCACUCCUUCUGACGGCGACUACAUUGGGACAGUAAAUGAUCUUUCUUGCAAUGCGAAAGACAGUCUGAUCCCGUGGGUUGAUCCACAUACGGGGGAAAAGCAUAUGAUCAAUUCCAGAACUGGACAAACAAUGGAUCCACGGAAGUCCAUUAUUGCCAUGGGAAGCCGGACCACUGAUUUCGCGGCCGGUUUCUCGACUGCCGAUCAAGUACGACGAACACAAUCCGCACCCACCCAGAUACAGAACCUUUGGGUGGACAACCUUCUCAAGUCAUGGGAAAAUCCUACAUUCACCCGAACCGAGACGCCUAUAUCAAAUUUGCAGCCGAUAGCUCCUGGCAUCCAGAAAUCAGGUUUUCAGGAGUCCCUUCAUGAGAUUGGGACUCUGGGAAUAGCCCAUGUUGCCAAAUUUCGAGGAAGACUGCAGCGUCACAGCCUCGAAGCCGCUGAAAUCAUCGCGCAGGUGGAUCGAAAAUACAUCGUGGCUAAAAUCGGCGUGGCAUCAGUCAACGAAGCCAGGGAAAACGCAGCAGAAGAGGUUUUGGUCUUGAUUGAUCAACACGCGGCCGAUGAGCGGUCUCGUGUUGAGCAGUUAUUUGAGGAGAUGUUCCUUCCAACGAUUCCAUCUCAGACUUUGCCUCGUUCGAGGAGAGUUCAAACUGUUCAGGUCGAGCCUGUUGCUUUUGAAAUAUCACCUACGGAAAAUCUGCUCUUUCGAAAGUAUUCGCAUUUCUUUUCGAGCUGGGGUAUCUGCUACGACACAGACGAGACUUCGGGCUCUGCUGCUCUCGUGUCUGUACACACCCUCCCGACGCUUAUAGCUGAGCGCUGUCGGCUGGAACCCAAUCUGGUGAUCGACCUGAUUCGGCGAGAGGUCUGGGAAAGGGAAGACAAUGGUGUUGGGCCGUUGGGGUCAAAGACAGCACCUGAGGAGAAGGACAUAGCGAGGCUGAACUUCUUUCCAUCGGAUGAAGAACCACCCCCCAUGCAAAACACGGACGCAGCACGACACGCCCCCUUGUGGGUUCAGCAAAUAGGUGGCUGUCCCCAAGUAAUUAUUGAUCUCCUCAACUCUCGUGCCUGCCGCAGUGCCAUCAUGUUCAACGAUCCAUUGAGUCUUGACGAUUGCCAGGCUUUGGUCUCGCGGUUGGCUCGGUGCGCGUUUCCAUUCCAAUGUGCUCAUGGACGGCCUUCGAUGGUUCCCAUUCUGGAUCUUCGGUCGCCGUCUUAUGCCUCGGAUUCAUUGGUUCCACAAGCAGACGUUAUGUCUACGAGUCUUGAUCAGGAGGAUGGUGCAGAUUUGAGCUUCCUCGAAGCGUUUCGGGCAUGUUAUGCAACUUAG